CGGGGAACUCUCGCGAGACUUGACAGCUGCGGCCAAGGAGGGAGAUCCAAGCGAGGGAGAGCGAUAUGGAGCGGAGAAGCGGCGCGGAGGGAUGGGGCGGAACCAUGGAAGAGGCGGCGGAUAACACAUUGGUCUUAUCUGUCAUUAAGCAUUUGGAUAAUUUCUUGGCUCCGUCCACUGGCGCGAGACAGAGCUCUUUGAAUGCGCAAUAUCAGCAGAUGAUGGAGGCCGAAGAGAAGGCUGAGCAAAUCCAUUCCGGGACGCAGCUCUUGCAAGCAGAAAGGGAGAAAAUGCAGAUGGAGCUAAGUCACAAGAAGGCCCGGAUCGAGCUGGAGAAACAGGCGAACUUGCACGCGAGGAAUUAUGAGCGGGAGGUGGACCGUAACCAAGACCUCCUGAAGCAAAUCAAGCAGUAUCAGGAAAAGGAGACAGAGAUGGAGAAUAAGCUUAAAGAACAAAUCAACGUCAAUAAGGCCUGCCAAAAGGGUGUGGAGGCUCUGAACAAAAAACUCCAAGAGAAGGAAAACCAGCUCACGGAAGCGGAUGAGAAAUCUACGGCCUUGAAAGCUAAGGUGUCCGAAUUGCAGUGGGGCUUAAUUAACAAGGACAUGCAGAUCAGCAGCCAGGAGUUGGAGAAGAAAGAGAUGUCAGAACAGCUGGAGGCGCAACGCAAGCAGUGGAAAGAGGCCUGCCAGCAAAUCCAGGCCCUGCAAGCCAAGCUAAACCAGAUGGCUGGCAAGGAGCAGAGGAUUCAGGACUUGGAGCUCAAGUUGUCUCUGCAGGAGCAAGAUGCGGUCGUCGUCCGGAACAUGAAGGCCGAUUUGGCCCGGUUCCCCAAAAUGGAACGGGAGCUACAGCAGCUCAGGGAGGAGAACACAUAUCUCAGGGAAAUGAAAGAAAACAACGGGCUGCUCAAAGAGGAAGUGGGCUGGCUCCAGUGGAAACUGGAGCGCUACGAGAAAGUCCAAGCCGAUCUAGUGGCGUUGGAAUUAGCGAAUGAGAAACUUCAGGGAAAGUUGGACGCAUGGGAGAAGCUCGGGGAGAGCUCCGGGUUAAGUAUCAACUUGAGAAUAAGAAGCGGAGCCGGGGGCUCCCUCGCCCUCAGCUUAGCCCGCCCGUGGUUUCGAUGCGGUUGGCAGCCGCUCGGAGAGUGGAGAAGAGUGGAACCCAUGGGUGUUCUCGUGGGGUGA